GCUCGCUAGUUUGCUUCGGCUGGUUCAUUAUGCUCGUAGUCCCAACCAGCGGCUCGUGAAGCAAGACUCCAGACGGGAUUAUCAGCAGCAGACACUCAGAGAGCUGCUCAGAGAGAUUUCUGCCUUUUCUUUUAGUUCUUCUCUGACCGCGUCAACAUUUCCCUCCAGACCGACGUGAGUAGAGAGGCACCGCUACAUGACAGUCGGCUCCCGGUACCGUGCACCUGCAAAAUGACGCAGUGAACCGAGCCUCCUCACGUGCCGGCACGCUGAGGCGACGUUCACGGGCUGCAGGAAUUCCUAUAACCGCCGUGGGACUUGGGAGAUUUGAAGUCUGACUUCACUUUUUCAUUAGUGAGACUUUUCCAUCUUUCUUGAGACGUCAGUGCAGGGUGAGUCACAAAGAAAAAGCCCUGGAUCUGGUGGCAACUUGGGAGUCUUGCCCAGGGGUACUUUGGCAGCAUGGAUGAAUGAACCUGGGAGGAAUGGUAUGGACUCUAUCCUUCACCUCAAAUGGGUAGAAUAAAAAGAAUCAAUGAAAGAUGUGGCUCACUCAAGUAGAAAUAUAGAUUUGUGGAAUCAUUUCUACUGCAGCCUUCAUCAGGGCGGAACCUGGAAAGCGGAUGUAAUGUAAAACACAUUAUAUUAUCAGGUCAUUGGGUCAUCAACACAAACCGCUUUGAUCAAUCUGACAUCAUGUUGGAGGGAGCCACCAUUACCCCGUGUCUCAGGACUACUGCGGUCUAACAGACAUUUUGGUUUCCCCUGUGGGAAAGAACGGAGCAACUGGAGUGCGGUGGUCAGCCGGCACCAUGGACUACCACGCCGAGUGCUGCUUCUGCGACCCAGAGGAGGGUCACAGCGGCCCGGAUGAGCCGCCGCUCCACAGCAUCCACGCGCCCAACCGGAUCCGCCCGUCCUCGUACCGAGCCCUGAGGAGCGCUGUGUCCAGUCUGGCCCGCAUCGACGACUUCUUUUGUGAGAAGAUAGGUUCAGGCUUCUUCUCUGAGGUCUUCAAGGUGCAGCAUCGGAUCACAGGGCAGGUGAUGGCGCUGAAAAUGAACACGCUGGCUAGCAACAAAGCUAACAUGCUACGAGAAGUGCAGCUCAUGAACAGGCUUUGCCACCCCAACAUACUCAGGUUUCUUGGCGUUUGUGUGCACGAAGGUCAACUCCACGCUCUGACUGAGUAUAUAAAUGGAGGCAACCUGGAGCAGCUGUUGGACAGCGAUCUGUACCUGUCGUGGUGCGUCAGGAUCGGUCUGUCUCUGGAUAUCGCCCGAGGGCUGCAGUACCUGCACAACAAGGGCAUAUUCCACAGAGACCUCACCUCCAAGAACUGUCUGGUUCGCUGUGAUAACGGCAUGUUCACGGCUGUGGUGGGAGACUUCGGCCUGGCAGAGAAGAUCCCUGAUUACAGUGAUGAUAUUGGUGGGAAGCAGCCUCUGGCCAUCGUGGGCUCCCCCUACUGGAUGGCCCCUGAAGUUCUGAGAGGGGAGCUGUAUGAUGAGAAGGUGGAUGUGUUUGCAUACGGCAUCAUCCUGUGUGAGAUCAUUGCCAGGAUUGAAGCUGAUCCUGACUUCUUACCCAGGACAGAGGACUUUGGCCUGGAUGUGGAUGCGUUUGAGAACAUGAUUGGGGAUUGUCCAGCUGCAUUCUUUAGCCUCGCUGUCACCUGCUGUAAUAUGAGUGCAGAGAGGCGUCCCUCGUUCUCUGACAUCGUCUUCACAUUGGAGGGCAUGGGGAGAGAAGAAGAGAGACAGAAGCCCAUUGCACUUGAGCCAGUGGCGGUAGACGUCAGCCCGUACCGGCGCCGCAGCUCUCCUUGUCACCUCGGUGACCGCAGCCAGCAACGGCAAGGCUUGGCGAGGAGCCAGUCGGACAUGUUACCCCCGGCAACCCUGACCCCUCCUCUCCUCGGGACCCCUGUGCGGGUCAACCCCUUCUCUCUGAGACAGGACCUGAAUGGGGGGCGGUGUAAACUCUUAGACACACCCAGCAAGUCCGUCAUCUCCCUGACCUUCACCCUCCCGGCGCUUCGCGACCCGCGUUCCUCCCCCCACCUUCUCGGAGGGAUGCCGGGGACGCGAGCACUGUCGAGGAGAUGCCAGUCGCUCCCCUGUACUCCAGAGCUCAGCCGGACUGUAGCCUCGCCACGAGACACGGGGGAGAAGGAGGAGGAUGUCAGAGUGGCGAUUAGAGGAGGGACAGCGGACGAUGUGGAGGACAACAUGAGGAAGAAUACAGGGGUGUCAGAGAAGGCAGAUGAAAGGUUGCAGGUCGAGGAUAUAACUGAGAAAAGAGAGUUGUUAAAGGUGGAGGAUGGGAUGGGAGAAGAUUCAGGUCUUCCUGUGGAGCUGGAGAUGGUGUCUCUGGAGCGGUUAGAGGAAGAAGAGGAGGAGGAGGAGGAGAGUGUCUUUCUAACAGAACCCAUGGACUGUACCAAGUCUCCUGAGCCAGCAGAGAGAGUCAUGGACUCCACUCCUCGAAGACCCCUGCUCACCUCCUCUUCCUCGUCCUCCUUACAGACCAAUGGCUGGCGACUUCCCAUCUCCAACGGACCGCCCUCCUUGCCUGCUCUGCCCAGACUGGACAACAACAACGGCUCGGCUCUUGUAAUUGGCCAGCAGGUGCAGUGGGGUGGAGGAGGGCGUGCUAAUGGUUACAGCGGAGCCCAGGUCCAGUCCUCUGACCCCAGUGGCCCCUCUGAGCAGGAUGAGGUGGUUUCCUGUCCGGGCUGCUGUCUGGUGGGUCUGAGUUUUCCCUCCAUGUGCCUCCGUGGCUCAGCUGCCGUGCCUGCCCCCCGCCGAAGGGCUUCGUUACCACGGCAGCGACCCUACCGGAACCUCAACGGUACCAUAACUGGUGGCAGCGUUUCUUCGUCAACAACAGCCGCCACAGCAACCAAAGCUCUGCUGUGUCGCAGCACAAAUGGACUAGCAGUGGGUGGGCCCUCAGUGCCAUGUGAGCCCGGCCGAUCCCUGCCGGAGGCCCAGACAUAAACCUGCUGGUGGGGGUUUGGUUGUGAACUUGUGACACGCACCAGCACUAAACGUUAGCGGACAAACUCAGCAACACUAAAUGUUGCUAUGCUAAUACAGAGAACCCAAUACUGACCCCCAGCAUCUGAGAUGUGUUGUUCUGUGCAGUCAACAGCAAACAGUAGUAGUUGGUGAUUAGAGAGCCACAUGGUGGGCUGGUGGAUUUAACCCAACAGGUCACUGUGACAGUGAAGAAUGUGGAGGUGUAACGCAGGCAGAGUACAGCUGAACCCAACAGGGUCCAGACAAAGUGGUGAACUGAACACUGAUCAGUCAGGGCCAACAACACGUCACUGCUGGUCCAAACAGAGGAGCUAGUCUGACUUGCAGUGAUGCAUGCCCCUUCUCUGCUGAACCAAAUCCAACUCAGUCAGUCUCUGACUCAGUCUGUCUCAGUCUGACUCAGUCUGUCUCAGUCUGUCUCUGUCUCAGUCCGUCUCAGUCUGUCACAGUCUGACUCCGUCUGUCUCAGUCUCAGUCUGUCUCUGUCUCAGUC